CAGCGCAGCUUCCCUCGCAGUUCUUCCAACACCAGCGAGAUCCGACAGUAGCUAAUGCUUUGGUAAAUAUACAAACAAUGGGCAAGAAACACAAAAAGCACAAGUCCGAAAAACACGGAUAUGAAGAGUAUGGAGAGAGACCACUAAAGCUGGUGUUAAAAGUGUCUGGAAAUGAAGUGACGGCUGGAAGCUCAAGUCUGGAUACGUUUUACGAUGAGCAGCCGGGGGACCAUGACAAACCCAAAGACAAGAAGAAGAAAAAGAAGAAAGAUAAAGAGAAGAGCUUUGGGUCACCAGAGGAUGACAGAGGAAAGAAAAAGAUAACAAAAAAGAAGAAAGGACAAGAUGCAGAUGGAGAUGAUGACAAGGACCAAUGCAGAACUCCAAUCCGCUCAGAGCUGGAUAAACUGGAGGAGAAAGAACAGACUCCUCUUCAGGAAGCUUUGAACCAGCUCAUCAGGCAGCUUCAAAGGAAAGACCCAAGUGCGUUCUUCUCAUUUCCAGUGACAGACCUGAUUGCUCCAGGCUAUUCCUCAAUUAUCAAGCGUCCUAUGGACUUCAGUACAAUGAAAGACAAAGUAAAGAAAGAGUGCUACCAUUCUCUGGAUGAACUCAAGGUGGAUUUCAGGAUCAUGUGUGAAAAUGCCAUGAUUUACAACAAACCUGAGACAAUCUACCAUAAAGCUGCUCGCAAACUGUUACACUCUGGAAUGAAGAUCUUGAGUCAGGAGAGGCUGGAGAGCCUGAAGCAGAGCAUUGCAUUCAUGUCUGGCAUAGAUCCUUCUGCCAAACAACCAGGGAAGUCUGAGGAACAAGUAGGCACCAGCCUGGACCAGACCAGAGAGGGAUCCAUGGCAACAGACAGCGAGAGAUCGCAAACGCCUAGCACACCCAGACAGGACAAGGACUCCAAAGACGAAGCAGCAAAGGCAGAGAAAGAGUUGGAGGAAAUCCGCAAGGUCAUUCGGGAGUCUGGAGGAAAGCUGUCCAACAGAUUGCUGCAGUGUGAAUUGGAGUUUGCGAGGCAGAAGACUGAUGGUUCCACCACUUUGGCUAUCCUCAACCCAGCAGAUCCGUCCGUAGGAGAAGUUGGUUACUGUCCUGUGAAACUUGGUAUGAUGUCCACACGGCUGCAGAGCGGUGUGAACACCUUGCAGAUGUUCAGGGAGGACAAGAGGAACAGGAUUACUCCAGUGACUUACAUGAACUACGGGCCUUUUACCUCCUACGCGCCCACGUACGACUCAAGCUUCUCGAACGUCAGCAAGGACGAGUCUGACCUCAUCUACUCGCUCUACGGAGAGGAGUCCAGUCUGCAAGGCUCAGACAGCUUGUCAGACUUCCUGACCAAAUCGGACGAGUACGUGUACAAAAUGGCCGAUAAUCUUCUGGAUGCUAUGACAAACGGAGAACAUUCAAAAACCCUGGUGGAGCCAAAGCCAGUGCUGCAGCCAGAGAGUGCGCAGGAAAACAAGCAUGACAGCGAGGUCUCUGAACCCGAAGCUCCAAGUGGCAGCAGGCUUGACUCCCUGUGCUCUACUGAAGGCCUGCAGAUGGUCGAGCAGCUCUCUGGGGAAGCCAUGCACUUCCAGCAGAAAUUGGACGAGACAACAAAGCUGCUGCUCAAGUUGCAGGAAGCACAGAAAGAGCGACUGAGCGCCAAGCAGCCGCCGAACAUGAUCUACGUACUGGCACCGACUGCCAAGGAACUGGAGCUGUCUGAGAGGGUGACGGCGAAUCUGGCCAAGCUCACCGGUCAAGUGGCUCCAUGCGACGUCAGCAGCGUCUAUGGCAUCAGAAAGGCCAUGGGCAUCGCUGCACCUCCGGUGCUUUCUGAGCCCUUCACAGACCUCACUACAGUGGAGGAGACGCCUGAACCGAUGGACACCACCUGUCAGGAUGUGGUUCAGGUCAUGGCUGUAAAAUAGAACUUAAGCCUCCUUCAUUAAGUUUAGUAACUUAAGCUUUGUAUUAGAAAUUUGCUCUUUGUGACGUUUGUAUGCAUUUCACUUAAUAAACUUGUUUUUUUAUGACAAAA